AUGAAGUUCCAAACCGCCGCACUCGUCGUCGCCCUCUGCGGCUCCGUCCUCGCCGCGCCCCCCUCGAGCUACCACAACGAGCAGAGCAUCAUUCCCGGAUGGCCGCCGUUCGGUGACAGCGACUUCUCCAAGGCCUCUGCUCCUGUGCAGCCCGUCGCUAGGGCUGAAUUCGAGGAGGGCGGCGAGAUUUCUCUCGUGCCCAACCUUCUCGACCUCAUGCGCAAGGCUCUGUUUGAGCUCUUGAAGAAGCGUCUAGGCGAGUUCGAAGGAAGCGACGCAGGCAGCACCGCCAGCGAUAACUCCGACCCAAAGAAUCUGGGCAGCAAGCUUGCUGCCCUGGGACCGCUAGAGGUGGACCUUCCCGGUGUUGAUGCCACUGUCAUUUUCGAUCAAAUUGCCAAUUGA